AUAGCGAUUGGCACAUCAACGUGCAGGGGUGGGGAACGUCACYACUGCUCUAUUAUGCGCCAGCAUCMCAGCAGUUAAGAUUUUACACUCGUUUUUUGCAAGUAGAAUUACUUUACGCUCUUUCUGUACCAACACAAAAUAURGUAUUUUAUUCUUAAACGUGUUUUUCUUACUAAUUCUGUUGCCUCGUAGCUUUUACCAGUUGUUUUGCUAGGGUGAGAUGCUAAUAUUAGCUAGCUAAGUAUUGUAAAACUUAGYAAAAGAAUAGCCUCCUACAGAGGCUUUCUGUAAAUAAAAAAAAACACCAGCAGUAUGGACUUAUCGGAAGCAGAAAACGGUUACCCAGGAGGGGAGGAAGAGGUAGAUGCUAUUAUUAAAACAUGUGUUUUGGGUGGCUUCAGUGAGAGCAGUGAAACAAGRACAUACAUCGGUAGUCUUCCAGAGAUCCACGAAGACGAUCGAGCAGGGGAGUUUGCAGUUCAGAAGUUCAGAGUAAUAAUGGACAGAUACCAGGACCARCCUCAUCUGCUAGAUCCUCAUCUAGAAUGGGUAACGAAUAUGCUGCUGAACUUCAUAAGGAAUGAAAAUUCACCCCCUUCAUUGGUUCAUCUGAGCUUCCAGUUCCUUUAUGUCAUUUGUAAGGUGAGAGGCUAUAAAGUCUUCAUGCAACUUCUUCCUCAUGAGGUGUCUGAUGUUCAUCCAGUUCUGGAGAUGAUAUCCAGACAGGAUCCUACAGACUUAAAGACUUGGGAAACGCGCUACAUGUUGUUGCUCUGGCUGUCCAUGACCUGCCUGAUCCCGUUUGACCUUUAUCGUCUGGAUGGUCAUCUAGAAUCAGAGGGCGUUAGAGUUAAAGAGCCCGUCAUGGAGCGUAUUUUGGCUGUUGCAAAGACGUAUCUAUUUGCCAUGGGCAGUCCUAGAGAUGCUGCUCCAGUUCUUGUUUCAAAGUUUAUGACACGCCCCGACGUGAAACAGAAACAUCUCGGGUGCUUUCUGGACUGGAGUCUCACCUCUAUAUCUCAGAGCAGUGGCGACUCAAUGAUAGAAAUCAGGAAGCUGGACGGUGUCCUGCAGUCCUUGGCAAAACUUUUUAAACAUGGAAAACGAGAUGACUUUCUCCAGUAUGCUCCUAUAGUUCUGCGUAAUCUGGAGCAGAAACGUCUGUCAGAGAGCAGCGAGGCCAUGCUGCGAAAGAUUCACAUCAAGCUAAUUCAGAGGCUCGGCCUUACAUUCCUGAAGCCACGUUUGGCUGCUUGGAGGUACGAGAGAGGCAGUCGCUCACUAGCUGCUAACCUUUCUGUGUCUCACACCGCUGCUGCUGUCAUUUCUGAGACGGAGACUCAGGAACAGGAAGAGGACUAUGACAUUCCUGAGGAGGUGGAAACUGUGAUUGAGCACCUGCUGGUUGGCCUGAAAGAUAAGGAAACAGUUGUGCGCUGGUCUGCAGCAAAGGGCAUUGGGAGGGUGACUGGGAGGCUUCCGAAGGAGCUGGCAGAUGAUGUGGUCGGAUCAGUUUUGGACUGCUUCAGUUUUCAAGAAACUGAUAAUGCCUGGCAUGGAGGCUGCCUCGCACUGGCAGAGCUAGGAAGGAGAGGUCUGCUGCUUCCAUCAAGACUGACUGAUGUCGUGCCACUUAUAAUGAAAGCACUGACCUACGAUGAGAAGAGGGGAGCCUGCAGUGUCGGUUCCAACGUGCGUGACGCUGCCUGCUAUGUCUGCUGGUCUUUUUCCAGAGCUUAUGACCCGAAGGAACUCCAGCCAUUUGUCACCCAGAUUGCAAGCGCCUUGCUGAUCACCGCUGUGUUUGAUCGCAACAUCAACUGCCGCAGAGCUGCGUCUGCUGCCUUCCAGGAGAAUGUCGGCAGACAGGGCACCUUCCCUCAUGGCAUCGACAUUGUGACGGCAGCAGACUACUUUGCUGUGGGAAUGAUCAACAACUGCUAUCUGAACAUUAGUGUCUUCAUAGCUGGUUUCCCAGAGUACACCAAAUCCAUGAUCGAACAUUUGAUAUCCAGGAAAAUCAACCACUGGGACGGCGCGAUCCGACUGCUUGCCACAAAAGCACUCCACAACCUGACGCCUCAAGCACCUGAUUAUAUGGCAACAACAGUUUUGCCACAGCUGUUGACCACAGCAGUGGGUGUUGAUCUCCACAGUCGUCAUGGAGCCAUUCUGGCAUGUGGAGAAAUCACAUAUGCGCUGUACAAAGUGGCUGUUCAGAGCAACAGGAGUGUGAUGGAUCUAAUUUCUCCAGAAUGUGUGGAUGCACUAAAGAACAUUCACAAUUUGCUUCAUGAAAGAAAACAAUACAGGGGCUUCGGUGGAGCACUAAUGAGACCAGCAGUUUGCAGCCUCAUAGAAAAGUUGUCCCUGUCUAAAAUGCCUUUUAAGAACGACCCCAUAAUCGCUGCGUGGCAGUCGCUAAUCGACGACACCUUAAAGACUCUUCAUCUCUUUUCUAGUGGAGUAAAGGAGGACUUUAUUGUCUCCAUAGUAACAGCCUUAUCUGCCUUGUGUGAGGAGUUCUACCAGGACCAAGAAAACCAGGCUGACACACAAAUACAAGAUGCGCUCAUAUCCAAGUACCUCGAAGGACUAAUGAGUCCACAGUUGCUCACCCGUUGCGGAUCUGCUCGCGCUCUCGGCUGUCUGCCGAAAUUUAUGAUCCACAGCAAACUGAAGCAGAUAUUUGGAGGGCUCGAGCAGAUGUGCGCCGUCAGCCAGAAGGAGGGCAAUUUCACUGAGGCAAGGAGAGACGCAGUCAGAUCAGUGGCUCAGGUCUUCCACAAGACAGGUGUUUGUCCCCACGGCUCCCCUGACUCCGUCCUCUGCUCGGAGAAUGUGGUCGAGGUGUUCGGCUUUCUUCUCUGCAGCAUCAACGACUACACAACAGACAGCAGAGGGGACAUAGGAGCCUGGGUGAGGAAGGCAGCCAUGACAAGUCUGCAGGAAAUCACCUUGAUGGUGUCCAGCAGUGCUCCAGAGAUCCUCUCACCAAACCUGGUGAAGUCUAUGAUGUGCUGCCUGGCUCAACAGGCUGCAGAGCAGAAUGACCACUACAGAGCUCAUGCUGGAAACAUCUUCCUGCACCUCCUUCACAACACUGAGCCUGUAGUACCUCACAUACCCCACAAGGAGGAGCUGUUGAGCAUCUUUCCUGCGGAGACCAUAACCAGCCUAAACUGGAAUGCCCCAUCCCAGGCUUUCAAGUACAUCACACAGCUGCUUGGAUUGCCUGAGUAUCAGUACCACACCCUGCUGGGGCUCUCUGUGUCAGUGGGAGGGAUCACCGAGUCCACAGCACAUCACUCCUCCCAAUCGCUGUUUGCCUUCCUGAAAGGGAUUCAGAAGGACAUCGAUGCUCUGACGCAGUUUACGCAAACAUUGCUGGGGAUCUUUAGGAAUAAUCUUCAGAAUGACAGAGUAUCUGUUCCCCUGCUUAUGAUGCUCAGUCAGAUGCUUGCCAACAACGUUUUUGAAAUCUUGACCACACAAGAAAAUCACCAGGUCUGUGUGGAUCUUUUGGGUCUUUGCAAAGAGCUCAGGAAGUCCAGGAAUGUGGCCAAGAUACGUGCCUGCAUUUACGUAUACUGUGGACUGAUCCAGUUUGAGGGAGAUGUGAGGAAGAAAGUUUUGUCCCAGCUGCUGAUGCUGCUCUGCCAUACGUUCCCGAUAAUAAGAAAGACUACAUCCGGCGAGAUGUAUGAGAUGCUACUUACCUACAAUGACGUCGCGGAUCCAGAUGUGCUCGACGAUGUCUUAAACUUACUAAGUGACACUCAGUGGGAGAGCGACCUCGCCACAGUGCGGGAAUGCAGGAAUCAGCUUUGUGAUUGGCUAGGAGUGCCCAGGCCCCGGCCAAUAACCAAGGACCCUGACCAGGUUUCAUGAUUACUGGUGUUGAAUUCGGCAGGAGCUCUAAGAGAAAAAGGACUGAGCAGUUAGUGUUUUCUUCUGAAUCUGUGUCAGGAAGUUUGUCCGUCUGCCAGAGAAAUGCACAGCAAAAAUUGCAGCCUGUUCUAAUAAUUUAACAUGAAUGCAAAAAAAAAAUGAAAGAAAAAUGAUCUGUCACAGUUGUUUUGUUAAUAUCGCUACAGGUGUAUCGCCUGCAGCAACCUUUUUCUCUGUUUCUGCAGCUGUAAAACAAUAAAUGACCUUAAACUUA